AUGCCAUCAUACUCGGAACCGCCUACUCCCAUACAUGAGGUCGAUUACUUGUGUACACAAUUAGAGACGAGUUCAUGUGACGACAUUAACAACUUGAAACUUCUAGGGAAACGAGAAGAGAUCGAUAGGUUCCUGAAGGAUCAUGCUAAUGAGGAUCUCGGAAACUACAUCAGCGAACUAAGAUGUUUCGCGCGCUCGAAUGGAGGGCUCGUACUCGACGAGUACCGUGCCAAAAUAUGGCCAGUACUGGCCCGACGACUUGUACAGUCUGAUGAAGACGAAGAUAUUGAUUAUGAUUCAAUUUCAUCUGUUUCUGAUUCCAUUUCGGUGAAGUCAUCGUCGACUCAAGACACAACUCACGAAUCAGAAGAUGAAGAAGAACUGAGAUCACAUCCAGAGUGGAAUCAGGUUGCACUCGAUGUUCACAGGACGUUGGCAAGGUUCCCUCCUAACAUAUCGGACGAAAAACGAACAACUCUUCAGGAUCAGCUCAUUCCUUUGAUUGUUCGAGUUUUGCGCAGUAAUCCGCGAUUUCGGUAUUAUCAAGGCUUCCACGAUGUUUGCUUAACGGUUAUAUUGGUAUGUGGAAAGGAUGUCGCCUAUGAAGUAUGCAAGAACCUUGCUACUCACGGACCAUUUCGGAGUUAUUUGUUGAAGAGUUUAGAGAAGAGCGUACUAAAGGAGUUAGAACUACUGUAUGUGAUAUUGUCCAGAGCAGACCCACAAUUAGAACGAGUUCUGCGAGAAGUACAUUUGGGUACUAUGUUUGCUCUGAGCUGGCCACUUACAUGGUUCAGCCACUCGCUCAAUCAUUAUCAGCAGAUUGUACGGUUUUUCGAUGUGUUUCUCGCCUCUCCGCCAUUGACUCCUAUCUACGUGUGUGCUGCAGUGGUUUUGAAGAGGAAAUCAGCAAUACUAACAUCUGAACGGGAGAUGCCAAUUAUUCAUCAACUUCUUAUGAAUAUGCCAAACGAGAUCCACUUGGAUGCCAUUUUGUCGGAUUCAUUAUAUCUCGCUUCACUUAUGCCACCACUCGCUCUGAAAACAGAGUUCUCCCGGCUGCCCGAGCAAUCAAUCGAAGAUGGGACACCAGUCUCGAGAUACGCUAUCACGAUGGUUGCAGCAGUUGGAAUAGCAGGAGCCGCUUACUAUUUUAACCUAGGCAAUAGAUUUGCUUUUUCUCUAUGA